AUGGAUUAUGAGCCCGAUGGGACCCAAGAGCUGCUGAUUGAUUCGGCGCAGGAAAGAACUGCCCGACGUACCGAACACUUGCUGCUGGCAGCGAGGCUGUUGUUUUUCUUUUUCCACGGCCUCCUCAUCAUCUCAGCUUCCAUGGGCUUUGAGGAGGUUUCAUGGUGGCUGAUUUUCACUCCUGCAUGGUUAGGAGAUACGGUAUGCGUUGUGCUUGUGAUCCUUUCCUGGUUUGGCUCUUGCCCGUACGUACAAUCGUGCCUACAAGAGCGACAGGCACGGCUUGGAGACGCAAAUCCGAGCAUCCUCACCGACAUCCUGCCAGACAUAGUUAUGGGUGUCCUGUCCCUUGUCUACAUGCUUCUCGCUGUCCUUGCCGAGCUCCUGCUUUGCAGGCCAGUCUUACGUCUGUCACAGCGGUUGGUUGCUGAUGGUAGGCCUGCGCUAGGUAUCUCAGUGAGUUGA